AUGACAGAGGAAGAGUCGGCCAAGGCUAUCCAGGAGAUCCAGCAGUAUCGCCACAUCUUUGAGCAGCAGCAGGUCGUUUUACAGGCCGAAAGGUGUCGAUUAGAAGGCACAGAAGCUGCAGCUGACGGGACCGAAGUGACCAAGAAGGACAAGGGCAAAGGGAAGGCUGUAGCCGCAGAGAUCCUAGACUCCGCCGACGAGGACCUUGAGAAGCCACGCCUGCCACCACGGACGUUGCAUUGGUUCAAGUUCAUGAACUGGCCCCUCGAUGAUGGACACAAAGUGAGACUUUCUUGGACCCGGCUCGAGAUGGAUCGCGAACUUCUAGAGUUGGAGCACGAACGACAACGUCGUGGUGCAAAGAUUUCCCAUUGGAGGGCCCUUGAGGACGGCUGUCGCGCAGAGUGGAAGAAAGAGCGCGAACAGGACCAAAUCGUGCGGGGUCUCGAGAAGCUUGGUAUCAAUGCAGACAACAGUAAGGGAGUGGAGCAAGACGAGGCUGUAGUAUGCCCCAAGCAUGGGUAUCCCCACUUCAUCUGGCCAAAGGAAGUACUUGCGGCUCUUGACUUCCAGGAUCAUGGGGCCAAAGCCGACGGCGACGAAGAUGAGGAGCCGGACUGCAUACUCCACCGUUUGGUAAAAGACGGUCUAUCUUCUGGUGAGCUGCAAGGUUGCUUAGAGAGUCUGGUAUUGCAGAAGGAGCAUGAAGAGGGAAAGAAGACGGAAAGGGGGCGAAAAGCAGAGACCGAGGAGGUCGAGGAGGAAGAAUAA